CGCGCCGACUGGACUGGUCACUCAGAGUACUACAACCAAGUACAGGUCGUCGUCAGCCCACGAGCGAGACCCCGAAACCAGACACUUUCUAUCGGCACCUUCCCGCGAAUCACACGCGACCGCUACCUAUCCAACAUGUCUGGAAACGUCCAGAACAACUGGGAGGAGGCCGCCGACCAGGACGAGCGCCUGGCGCGCCAGGCCCAGCAACAGAUGAACAUUAACGCCGGCACCUUCCGCCCCGGGGCUGCUGCCUUCACCCCCAACGCCCCCUCCUUCACUCCCGGCCAGUUCGCCGCUCCCGGCUUCACUCCUCAGUACCAGCAGCAAUAUUACGGCGGCGCCCAGCAGGGCUAUGGCGGCGGCGGCUACCCCCAGUACGGCCAGCAGGGCUACGGACAGUACAACAACAACCAGCAGCAGCAGCAGCAGCAGCAGGGUUAUGGCGCUGUCUACGGUCAGCAGGGAUAUAACCAGGGCUACGGCCAGCAACAACAAUACGGUGGUUACCAGCAGAACCAGGGCUACCAGCAGAGGCAACAGCAGAACCGCGAUGCGCCCAAGCCUGCCCCUCAGAUCGUCAAGAGGCCAGAGCAGCCCGCUGCCCAGGCGCAACCAAAGGCCGACGCCCCCAAGCCGGCUGCCGCUCCCGUCAAGGUUCUCAGCAUCGGAGGCGAUGCUCCCGCCAAGGUUUUGAGCAUCGGUGGUGAUGCGCCCAAGCCCGCGGCCAAGGUUCUCUCCAUCUCUGGCACUGCUCCCGCCAAGGAGGAGCCCAAGAAGGAGGUGCCCAAGAAGGAGGCUGCGAAGAAGGAGGGUACCGCUGAGGCUGCCGCCAAGGUGACUGCUACCAAGGCUGUUGAGAAGACCGAGUCUGCUGCUGCUAGCGGCAGGACUUCGCCCGCUCCCUCUUCGGGCCGUGCCAGCCCUUCGGCCGCUAAGUCCGGCAACAAGGUUUCGCGCGACGUCGAUGCUGUCGAGAAGGAUAUUCAGUCCGCCGAUGUUGACGAAGAGACCCUCAAGGAAAUCUACGGCAAGGAGCACAUGAACAUCAUCUUCAUCGGUCACGUCGAUGCCGGCAAGUCUACCCUCGGUGGUGCCAUUCUCUACGUCACCGGCAUGGUCGACCAGCGUACACUUGACAAGUACAAGAGGGAGGCUAAGGAUAUGGGUCGUGAGACUUGGUACCUCUCGUGGGCUCUUGAUUUGACCAACGAGGAGCGUGCCAAGGGCAAGACCGUCGAGGUUGGCCGUGGUUUCUUCGAGACCGACAAGCGCAAGUACUCUAUUCUCGAUGCCCCCGGCCACAAGACCUAUGUCCCCAACAUGAUUGGUGGUGCUUCCCAGGCUGAUGUUGGUAUCCUCGUCAUCUCCGCCCGUAAGGGUGAGUACGAGACCGGUUUCGAGAAGGGCGGUCAGACCCGUGAGCACGCCAUGUUGGCCAAGACCCAGGGCGUCAACAAGCUCGUCGUUGUCAUCAACAAGAUGGACGACCCUACCGUCAACUGGUCCGAAGAGCGCUACAAGGAGUGCACCACCAAGCUUGCCCAGUUCUUGAAGGGUACUGGUUACAACCUGAAGACGGAUGUCUUCUUCAUGCCCGUCGCUGCCCAGCAGACCAUGGGUAUCAAGGACCGCGUGCCCAAGGAUCUCUGCCCCUGGUAUGAUGGCCCCUCGCUGCUUGAGUACCUCGACAACAUGAGCUCUCUCGAGCGCAAGGUCAACGCCCCCUUCAUGAUGGCUGUUUCUGGCAAGUAUCGUGAUAUGGGUACCAUGAUCGAGGGUAAGAUCGAGGCCGGUGUGAUCAAGAAGGGUAUGAGCUUGAUCAUGAUGCCUAACAAGCAGACGAUUGAAAUCUCGGCCGUCUACGGCGAGACGGAAGAUGAGGUUCCCGUUGCUCAGUGCGGUGAGCAAGUCCGUCUCCGUCUCCGUGGCAUCGAAGAAGAAGAAAUCAUGCCCGGUUUCGUCCUUUGCUCGCCCAAGCGUCUUGUCCACAACGUCACCGCUUUCGAGGCUCAGAUCCGUAUUCUUGACCUCAAGAGCAUUCUGACUGCCGGUUUCAACUGCGUGCUCCACGUCCACGCCGCUAUCGAGGAGGUUACUUUCGCCGCUCUCCUCCACAAGCUCCAAAAGGGCACCAACAGGAAGUCCAAGCUUCCUCCUUCGCACGCCAAGAAGGGCGACAGCAUCAUUGCUCGUCUCGAGGUUACCGGUGGUGCCGGCUCCGUCUGUGUUGAACGGUUCGAGGACUACCCCCAGAUGGGUCGUUUCACCCUCCGUGACCAGGGUCAAACCAUUGCUAUUGGCAAGAUCACCAAGCUCAUCACCGAUACCUCUGCUUAAAUGGUCAAGAGAAAAUUGGUGUUCUCGGCGAAUUCGAGCAAAGAAACUGCACUGCUCGAGUCAAAGAUGUAAAAGGGAUCAAGUAGGCUUCACAUUGGUUAUUUGCUUGAGCGCGGGAAAAGCCUUAGCAAGGGUUCUGUUUACGUUCUUCGAGACGAAGCAUUAGGGAGAUAGAGCAAAAUACCAGUUGGAAUGAGAAAGUUUUGUUACGUUUGGGAAGUCUGGAUAGCUUACGUAUCCAGGUUCGUUUUGC